GGGCACGCCCCGAGUGCACUUGGCCGGGCCAACGUUUCCCCAGGGCGGGCCUCCCGUCCCAGUCGCGGGCGGCGGCGGAGGAGGAGGAGGAGGAGGAGGCCGCAUUCUGCAUGGUUCCCUCCUGUCGUCCGCUUCUGCCCGGCGCAAGUUUGUCUCAAGACGCAGGCGACUCACGCGGUAGCACCUGGCGUCGGGAUCUUUGGUCUCUCUGAUAUAGUGGUCUGUUCUUUGCCCAACAUGCUUUCAUCAUCGUUUGUCGUUAUUUUCAUGGCAGCGCCGGGGACGAUGGCGGUGAGGAUGGACGAACGGCUGUUCACCGGACUGUACUACGAUACCCCAGACUAUGGACCAGACCACGUGGCCAUGAGUGCGCUGAAAGAUAUGCAAGAGAAGGAGAAAGAGCGGGAAAAUAAUAGGAUCAAGGAGUUUCUCGUUCACUCCUGGCAGGCGAUGGAGGACGUGUACCGCAAGAUUUCUCACCACGACAAUCCUGCAACCGAUUUGCACCUGUGGUUUCACCUCAAGGAUGUGGCAAGACGUAUGGCCGAUCCAAGGUCGCCCACGCUCAAGGCCGCCGUGUCUCAAUACACUCAUGGCACCGUUGGGAUGUACAGGAGCUAUGUUGAAAAGAUUUGUGGAGAGAUGGGUGUGACGCCUCCCUUCAACACCGAUCUGUGGGAACGCGAGGGGAUGAAGCAGAAACGCGGGUCAACCAUGCAGGGCAUGCAAGAGGAGGCGAUCGCUAAGCUGGCUGAGCCAUUCCCAGGAGAAUUCGAGGCCAUCAUCGCUGCAAGCCGUGGCGGUGCUGCAUCGGAUGGCGAUGUCGCCGACUCGCAGGAAAUAGUGGAGGCCAGGAGCGCCUUUGAGAGCGACCACCAGCUUUCAGAGUUCAUGAUCGAGGCCGCUUUGGACUGCUUGGACAGCUACGAGGACAAGUCCUCUUUGGUGCAGGUGUCAGAGGGCUCGGGCAAUGCGUCGCAGCUGCAGACUGUAGGCCGCAACGAGUUCGUUGCGGUCUUCAAGGCGAUCGCGGGCCUGGUCUUGACCAUCAUCAAGAAGUCCGCCAUGCUUGUAGGCUGGGUCAUCCAGGAGCUCGGCAACCUCUUCAAGAAGAAAGCGGCGCCCUCACUCACAUCCAUGCCCCCCCCCGCUAGAGGAAGGCGUGAAGACGGGGCGGGUGACGGCGUCCUUCGAGGCCAAGACGCUGCCCCCGCACCUGGAGCGGAUCGUCACCGACAUCGUCACCGACAACUGACGGAGGGCACCCGCGGCCCGCGGGGCGGCCAGGCGGCUGCGCCACCCAUAAGUGGGGCGCGCCGCGCUCCGCCCCACGGCGCCUCCCCGCUGCAGGGGGGCACCGGGCUCGAGUCCCGCGGCUCCCGAAUCAGAGGAACGGGGGGGGCAUGCCAAUGAUACGGCUCGAGAGCUCCAGGAUGUCCUGGAUCUCCUCAUGCUCCACACGGUCU